AAACAGAAACACAAUUCACAUCUUCCUCUUGGCCUAUAACCAUCAUCAGUGUAAAAAUGCCAACCACCGUGGAAGAUGUCACUGCCAAGAUUGAUGCAGUUGAAAUCGACCCCAGGAGUGGUCUUGCUUUGAAGGAGAAGGCAAUCGAAGGUGAACUAAAGACUACAGAAACAACACAAGAGAAGACUAAUGAAGCCAAAAGUGAUCCGGAGAAAGAACCCAAUGGUGCAACUUUCAAAGAAGAGGAAGUUCCAGUUGAGGUUGAACCUAAAACUGGAGUCUCUUUUCCUGUCAAACUUGAAGAUGGGAAGCAGUUGAAAGCUGUAGGUUUAAGGAAGAAGAGCAUGCUUGGCAUGGGCAUCAAAAUCUAUGGCUUUGGAAUAUAUGCAGACAAUGAGAAAUUGAAAGACCUUAUGCAGUCUAAGAUUGCAAAAGCACCAUCAAAACCAACAAAGGAGAUGUAUCAAAUGGCGAUUGAUAGUGAUCUGGGAAUGAUGAUGCGGUUGGUAAUUGUUUUCUCUAACCUAACCAUGAACAUGGUAAGAAAGAACUUUGACGAAGGCCUCGGAGCUGCCAUCAAGAAGCUUACUGGUGGAAAGAAUGAGGAGCUCACAAAGAAGAUCAUGGGUGAAGCAUCUGAUGACAUAAAGCUGAAUUCUGGUUCUGUAAUUGAGAUUUCAAGGCUUCCAGGAUAUGUUCUUCAGACCAAAGUAAAGGGUGAGAUUGUGAGCAAGGUGGAAAGUGAACUACUCUGCAGGGCCUUCAUCUACAUGUAUUUAGGUGAUGAUCCAUUUGACAAAGACGCCAAGGAGAAGUUCGGGGCAUCCAUGCUCUCUCUGUUCUAAGUAGUAGGUUUCCAGCAUUUUCUAGUGUAGGUAGUUAAAGAAUAAGCUGGUGACUUUGAACUGAUGAAUAAUUGCUCAAUAAAAGUAUGAUCACAACAUGGUUGAUUUU